CUUGUCUUCUUAGCUUCUUCUACUUCAUCUCUUUUGCUAUUUCUUUUUUCCCCUAGAAAAGUUAUAUUUCAUACAUCAAAAAAAUUCCAAAAAAAUAAAAAGGUUGUAUUUUCAAACACCCCUUUAUCUUUUUUACCAAACAAAAAAAAUCAUGAAAAUUAGUAUCAAAGAAUCAACAUUAGUUAAACCAUCAAAGCCAACACCAACAAAGAGAUUAUGGAGUUCAAAUUUGGAUUUAAUUGUUGGAAGAGUCCAUUUAUUAACAGUUUAUUUUUAUCAACCAAAUGGAUCAUCAAAUUUCUUUGAUAUUAAAGUUAUGAAAGAGUCAUUAAGUAAUGUUUUAGUUUCAUUUUAUCCAAUGGCUGGAAGAUUAGCUAGAGAUGAACAUGGAAGAAUUGAAAUUAAUUGUAAUAAUGAAGGUGUUUUAUUUGUUGAAGCUGAAAGUGAUUAUUGUAUUGAUGAUUUUGGUGAUUUUACACCAAGUUUGGAAAUUAGAAAAUUAAUUCCAAUUGUUGAUACUUCUGGAGAUAUUUCAACCUUCCCACUUGUUAUAUUUCAGGUGACUCGUUUCAAGUGUGGUGGAGUCGCUCUGGGUGGUGGAGUAUUCCACACGUUAUCCGAUGGUCUCUCAUCCAUUCACUUCAUCAACACGUGGUCCGAUAUAGCUCGUGGGCUCUCGGUCGCCAUCCCACCGUUCAUCGACCGGACGCUCCUCCGUGCACGGGACCCACCAACGCCGGUUUUUGAGCACGUUGAGUACCAUCCUCCUCCAACCCUAAAUUCAUCGGUGAAAAAUCGCGAGUCCAUGGGCCCAAAGCCCAGUAAGACGACCAUGUUAAAAUUCACAAGUGAACAACUUGGGCUUCUAAAGUCUAAGUCCAAACAUGAGGGUAGCACUUAUGAAAUCCUCGCGGCCCAUAUUUGGCGCUGCACGUGCAAAGCACGUGCAUUGCCUGACGAUCAAUUGACCAAACUACACGUGGCAACUGACGGUAGGUCGAGGCUUUGUCCUCCCUUGCCACCGGGGUACUUGGGAAAUGUCGUGUUCACAGCAACGCCUAUAGCAAAAUCAUCUGAGCUUCAAUCAGAGCCGUUGGUAGACUCCGCUAAGAGAAUUCAUAGCGCGUUGGCGAAAAUGGACGACAAUUACCUACGAUCCGCACUCGACUACCUCGAGUUGCAACCUGACUUAUCGACCCUGAUCCGAGGCCCGACUUACUUUGCUAGCCCUAACCUUAAUAUUAAUAGUUGGACUAGGUUGCCAGUCCAUGACUCAGACUUUGGAUGGGGUAGGCCAAUUCAUAUGGGACCAGCAUUGAUUAUAUAUGAUGGGACAGUUUAUAUUAUACCAAGUCCAAAUAAAAAAGAUAGGAACUUACAUUUGGCUGUUUGUUUAGAUGCUGAACAUAUGCCACUAUUUGUAAAGUACUUGUAUGAAUUUUGAAACAUCCCAACGUUUAUCGGUCAAUGACGUGUUCGUUGUUCAAAAAUGGUUCUUACAUGUCAAUGUACGAGAAAUUAUCAGUUAGUGAUGUGUUCGUUGCUCAAAAAAGGUUGUUAUAUGCCAAUGUAUGAGAAAUUAUCAGCCAAUCAAUGAUGUGUUCAUUGCUCAGAAAAGCUUGUUACUUGUCAAUGUAUGAUAAAUUAUGAGUCAAUGACACGUUCGUUGCAAGAAAUGAUUGUUACAUGCCGAUGUAUGAGAAAUUAUCAGUCAGGCAAUGACAAGUUCGUUGCAACAAUAUGUUUAUCAGAAGUGCUUCGUAUGAAUUUGAAAAGUUGAAAGAAUCAAGCAUGUUACAUACAAUAGGUUUGAUUGAGAAUCCUCAUGGUGUAUUUACUUCAAAUUGUGGUGUGAUUUUACCUAAUGUUUAUUGGGGUUAGUCUUGUUUUUCUCAAAUUGUUUGUAAUGAAUUUGAUUGUGUAUUAUUUGGCAAUUUCUUUGUUAUCUACGGAGGAUUUCUCUUUAGAGGAUUUAACUUUUAUAC